AUGGAUGUGUGUAACGCCCCUCUUUCCCCUUGGGGCUGUGUAGUGUGUAUGGAGCAGUGUGAGAGCGCAGCAGCUCUGCUGGAGUCGGUCAGGGAGCAGGAGGUGCAGUUUGAACAGCUGACCCGGGCGCUGGAGGAGGAGAGGAGGAGAGUGGGCCUCCCUGCCACCAGCCCCUCUGCCCUGGGUCGCCCCCUCCCUUACACACAGAACGGGUGUUUAGGGGAUGCAGACAUAGAACGACUGAAACUGACUGACUCGUACAUAAACGGCACACAGUACAGGAUGGUGGACCCUGCACACAGCAAUCUAGAUGAGAGCUACACACCAGACGACGACUCCCAGGAAGUACACUCAGUCUUUUCUGAAGAGGGAACCACACGACGGCCAGACACGAGCCUCCCUCAUAUGAAGAAACCAAUCUCACGCACAGUCCUGCCCUCUGACUCAAUGUCCAUUGACGGGGGCUUAUCUGUGUCUGGUAUGGGCGGCUACAGCGCCACACUAGACCGUCCUUACAGGCAGCCUGGAGCAGGAGACUACCCCACUGCCACAGUACCCAGAAACUACCACUACGGCCCUGUAGGUGGUUACGAUGACUACCGGGUUGGCCCGCCAUCAGAAACAUACACUAGUCUGAGCAGGGGCUCACACAUGGAAGAUCGUUACAGGCCAGUUGAUGGCUACAGAACUUUGGAUUCAGGCUACCGGGCCCCAAGCCGUCAGCAACUUGAUCCCUAUGCAGCACAGCCCCAGGUGAGCAGGGGAAUGAGGGCCAUGGGGUCAGCGAUGGAAAUGCGUUAUGGCCAUGGCCACUACGGUCUGGAGGAUGACCAGCGCAGUGUGGGAUAUGAUGACUACAGCAUGGGGCCUCCACCCAUGCACCCUGGAGGCUAUGGUACCAUGCCACGUCUGGGGCCGGGUCCUGGGGGUAUGGACAGACGAAGACUCAGGAGCUGUGAGGACACUCUGGAUGGUGACAUGGGAGGAGUUGACCCUUAUCCCUGGGGUGUUCCCAUGACGUUGGAGAGGGGGAGCAUGGCUUCACUGGACAGCACACUGAGGAAGGCUCCUCCUGCCUCAUGGAGACAGCCUGAGCUCCCGGAGGUCAUCGCCAUGUUGAACUACCGUCUGGACCCUGUCAAGACCAACGCUGCUGCCUUCCUCCAGCAUCUCACAUUCAAAAAUGACAAGAUUAAGUCAGAAGUACGUCGCCUUAAGGGUAUCCCAUCCUUGGUGUCAAUGCUGGACCACCCCAGCAAGGAGGUGCACCACUCUGCCUGCGGAGCUCUAAAGAACAUUUCAUAUGGGCGAGACCCAGACAACAAGAUCGCCAUAAAGAACUGCGACGGAGUGCCCGCUCUUGUCAGGCUAUUGAGGAAAACCCAUGACCAGGAUCUCACUGACACUAUCACAGGCACCUUGUGGAACCUCUCAUCCCACGACUCAGUAAAGAUGGAGAUCGUGGACCACGCCCUGCAUGCCCUAGCUGACGAGGUGAUAGUUCCCCACUCGGGCUGGGAGCGAGGGAGCAACGGUGGAGAGGAGAGCUGCAAACCACGCCAUCUGGAGUGGGAGACCGCCUUGACCAACACUGCUGGCUGCCUUAGGAAUGUGAGUUCAGAACGCAGCGAGGCCAGACGAAAGCUGAGAGAAUGCACAGGAUUGGUGGAUUCACUCAUGUAUAUUGUCCAGUCACAGAUCAACCGCAAAGAUGUGGAUAAUAAGUUGGUGGAGAACUGCGUCUGCCUCCUGAGGAAUCUGUCCUAUCAGGUUCACCGUGAGGUCCCUGGCUGUGAACGUUACGCAGACACCACGCCCCUCAACCAGGGACUGGCCCCCACAAACAAAGGUGGCUGCUUUGGCUCUCGAAAGGGCAAAGAUGAGUGGUUUUCCAAAGGGAAGAAGGACGGAGAUGAUGGAAGCACAGAUCAGGUGGAUAUCCCAAAGAGGACAACACCUGCCAAAGGCUAUGAGCUGUUGUUCCAGCCAGAGGUGGUUCGUGUUUACACAUCACUGCUAAGAGAGAGCAAGAACCCCUCGGUGCUGGAGGCUGCUGCUGGUGCCAUCCAGAACCUGUGUGCUGGCCGAUGGACUUAUGGUCGAUAUAUCCGGGCCACCGUGCGUCUGGAGAAGGGUCUUCCCAUGAUGGCAGAACUACUGGCUCAUGGCAAUGACCGUGUGGUUAGAGCUAUGUCCGGAGCCUUGAGGAACCUUGCCAUCGACAACCGCAACUGUGAACUGCUCGGUUUGCAUGCAGUGCCUCACCUUGUGGCCAACCUGCCUGGAGGCCAGAGUCAGUCUGGGCGCAUUCUAUCAGAGGAGACAGUGGUGUCUGUACUGAGCACGCUCACUGAGGUGCUAGGCAACAGUCUGGAGGCAGCAAAGACCCUCCGAGCCUCGCAGGGCAUUGAGAGGCUGGUGCUAAUUAACAAGGAUGGCAAACGUUCGGAUCGUGAGGUGCGAGGGGCGGGCCAGGUGCUGCAGCUGGUCUGGGCCCAUAAGGAGCUCCGUCGGCCUCUUGAGAAAGACGGCUGGAAGAAGACAGAUUUCAUGGUCAACCCCAACACCAGCACCACCAAUGGCCCGAGCACUCGAGCUAAUGGCACCUAUGAAGACAGCACCACGCCACUGCUGGACAGAGGGGAAAAGAGGGAUAUGAUUCCACUAAAUGACCUCGGCCCCGAGGCCUACUCUACACUGGAUCAGAGGGAGAGGAGACACACUCUGGAUGAGACCACAGACACUUUACCGCGAGGGGUGUAUGGGGGCAGAAAGGGCUCCCUGCCUCUGUUGGACUCCUACGAUGGUUAGCCCUCCCACCCUCCCCUCUACCCCCCCUCUGCAUGUAACAGCAUGAAAAACUGAUAGUGUGCAUCACUCAGACUGGGCCGUCCUUGCCCUACCACUGCUACUGAGGAGAGAAGAUCCAGAUGCACAGUCUCUCUCCCUCGCUCAACCGAUGUCCCCCCCCCUCCUCCUUUCCCCUCCUCUUUCUCUCUCUCUAUCGCCACGCAGAUGGGAUUGGAAGAUGAGGGUUGGCAUCCAAAGAAAGUGGUUGUGUUGCAGGCGAAAAGGUUCAUUUGCGCAACACACACGUCCAGAUACUUACCUACUUUUUACAAAUUCAUUCAAGUGUAGCAACAAAAAUAUAUUCUGUUUUUUAAAUUAUAGUUCUUCUGUAAAAGCAAUCACUUUUGUUGACAAUCGUUUAAUUUUGGUGUUGUCAUCCUGCUUUUUUUUUUUUUUUUUUUUCCUUGCUAUUGUCAACAUUUUUGAUACAUUUUUAUCAAUGCUGCCAACACCCACAUCCUAAUAAUGAAUUUGUAUGCAGACUUUCUAUGUAGGGUAUAUACUGUAUAUAAAAAGAAAAUGGGAUGACUGCAUUAGUUUUGGCUCAUUAAUUUAAAUCAUCCCUUUACUGGGAUUGUUGGGAGGUUGGGACGCACCGGCAGACCGACGGUCGGCCUGUAGAUUGAGAAUGUUUAUAUAGGAGUUAUUUUCCCGUCUAGAGUUAUUUUCUUUCGGUUGGGAUGAGCACAGGAGUAGACAAGAAAAGGCAGGUGUGUGUAUAUUUGUCAAACAGUAAACCUGUGGCCGUGCGUUCGAAAAAUUGAAUAUGGACCUGUCUGUGUGUGUGUGUGUGUGUGUGUGUGUGUGUGUGUGUGUGUGAGUGAGAGACCCAUAAGACCACACAUUGAUUAUUUCUUCUGUUCAUGUUGUCUGUUUUUAUUGUUUGCUCCUAUUCCUGUGACAAAGCAUUUUUUUUCUUAGUUUUCAUGUACCAAAAGCCUCUUUUUGUGUUUGAUACCUUAAUUUCCAACUUUUUCUUUUACCCCCCCUGUGGAGCAAAUGAUCAUUUCAGCUGCUGUGUUUUGACUUUGAGUACAAGACAUCGAACCUGUUCCUGAAAUGUGAAGCUAGGAACAUACACCACUAAAACUCUAAAACAUUUUGACAUCCUGCUUCAGAAACCAUUCCAUGCUCUUCUACUAAAGGUUAACAUUAUUGACACAACCUACUUCACCGUAACAAACACUUCAGGAGAGUCUCUUUGGACUAAAUAGUCUUACCUUUAUUCUGAUUUGUCCACAAACUUGUAAACCCCCCCCCACAAAAAAAAACACUACUUACUCUAUUUUUGUGCUUUAGCCAUUUGUACGUGAACAUUUGGAUUCAGUUUGUGCCGUUUUACAUAAAAAUCUUGGGAGGCUUUUUCACUCAGGAGACUUGAGACAGAUUGGGGGAGAGAGAUUGAUGUUGGACAAUGGUGUACAAAAAGCACAUUUUGGUCUAUGAUCCUUUUUUUUUUUUUUUUUUUUUUUUAAACCUUCUUUUUGUACUUCCUUCUUUCUGGUUUGUAUUUUAUUUUGGGGUGCGGGAGUGUUGGGUGAGAGAAUUAUGCAAUUUGUUCUACUUUUUAGUCCCAGUUUUACCAUUGACUUGUUUUAAAGGCAAAAGAGACCAAUCAUCUUUGUUUUUUGUUUUGUAUUUUCCACACACAUAGUAUGUUUGUACUAUUGCCUAUACAUGUAAUAUUAUGAUGUACCAUUCAUACCUGCCUUGGCUCUGAGAAGUUGCUUUUUUCAGUAAAGUAUGUAACUGGUAAUACUGUUGUUGUUUUUUUAUAAAUAAAGAUGUUUUCUUAGACAAGGUUUGUCAACAUGUGACUGACGUGUCUGUAUUGUGAGGUGAGGAAGGACUGCUGUAUCGUGUAGAUAAACACUUCUAAUUAAAGAGAGGCGGUCUGGCUGACUGAGUAAUUUC